AUGUCUACACGUAAGAGAAAGCAGGAUGAAGAAGAGCUCCAAGCACUUCCUAGCGACGAGAGUGAAGAGGAAGAAGAAUAUGAGGAUUCGGAUGUAGGUGAGGACGAGGUUGACGACGAAGAAUCCGAGGAGUCAGAGGAAGAAGACGACGAGGACGAAGCUGUCGCUGAAGGAGCUGCGGCUCCACCUCCUGCCAAGAAACAAAAGACGUCCUCCAAACAGAAUGAUGCCUCCGAAGAAGUUGGGAAUGAUGACGAGCCAGAAACUGCUGAUGGCGAAGACGACCGUGUCGCCGCUGCAGCCAAAGACGAGGAUGAAGAUGAAGGAGAUGACAAUGACGAGGUUGACGGUGCUCACGAGACCGCCAACAGUAGUGGCCCCGCUGCCAGCGCUAAGAGAACCAAGGGUGGAAUCGUACCAAAAGAGGAUGAUCUUGCAGACGUUGCUGGCGAUGACGAAGAGUAA